UCAGAGCUGCACAGAUCUGUAGAAGCAAUACCAAAAGGUUUAUAAACAUGGUCUCAGGAAACAGACAUGGUUGAUUCUUUAAAAAGCACUGAAGAGAAAAGUACCAUUUCCAUUCCGUAUGAAUCUCCCACUAUCGAGCAGCUGGAGGACAUAUUACACGGAGGUCAGCUGUCAUGUAAUCAUGUGGAUGAAGUGUGGCCCAACUUGUUUCUGGGAGAUAUGUACAUGUCUCAUGACAGAUAUGGUCUAUGGAGGCUUGGUGUAACUCAUGUUCUGAAUGCGGCUCAUGGUAAAAUGUGUUGCAAAGGAAGUGAUGAUUUCUAUGGAACAACAGUGAAGUACUAUGGAGUGGCAGCUAAUGAUCUGCCUACAUUUGAUAUUUCACAUUUUUUCUACCCUUCUGCCCAAUAUAUUCAUCAGACUCUGAGCACUGCUGGAGCCAAGAUUUUCGUCCACUGUGCUGUUGGAGUGAGUCGCUCUGCUGCCCUGGUCCUGGCUUAUUUAAUGAUCUUUCACAAUUACACACUGGUGGAUGCAAUCCUGAAAGUCAAGGAAAAGAGGUGGAUCUUUCCAAAUCGAGGAUUUCUUAAACAGCUUAUAGCUCUGGACUCAACAUUAAAGAGCAAAUCACAGACUGAGAAACCUACACAAGAUGACUUGUAAUUCGCUGUUUUCUUUACUUUGUAAUUUAAGUGCUUUCAUCAAUGAAGAAACAUAGGUCUAAAUAAGGCACAUGCUUUAUAUAAAACAUGCUUAUGCUGGUUUCAUUACUUUUCCGUAAUAUGUACAUACUGUUUAGAACAUGCACAUGCACGUUUCCCAGAUCUCUAAUGCAUGAAACAGUAUUGAUCUUCAAUAUCAGAUUUUAUUUGUGUGCGCAUUGAUUUUACGGUGAGACAAUUAGACAGUUAGACAACUGUUAUAUUUAUUAUUAUUAUUAUUAUUAUUUGAAGGGAGCAGCUUUCACCUAUAAGCAUUGUGCAUGUAGAAGAGCCCCAAAGUCAAAAAAUUAACAUAUGCUUAUAUGUUGUCCAAUUUCUUCCUAAUUAUUUGUCAUUACUGUUUAAAAAUAUGUACAUAAUGUUAUAUGAAACAUGUAUGUGUACAUUUCCCAAGUGGCAAAAUCCAUGUUUAUUUUCCAUCACUUAUGCAUUGAAACAACAUUGAGCUCCUAUGCCAUGGUUAUAUAAUAAUAAUAGCACAUAGUUAAAAUAAUGUUGGAGAAACAGUAAUGCAGUAUAAGUGAUUGCUAGUCAAUCACUUAUACAUUGCAUCACAAUGUGGUAAAACUAAAAUGUUUUAUUGCUUGGCUAAAUAAUAGUAUAAUGUUAAGCUACAUGUUGCCUGACCAAAUAAAUGUAACAUCAGUAUUGCUAACGGAGUUAGCCUACAUACAGUUAGGGCUUACUAAUAAUAAUAGGCCUACUUUAUCUUAUGCUCUUAACCUUCAUAUUAAUAAGAUUAAGUAUUAUUAUUAGUUUAUUUGUGUCAGAAUUUCAACUGAUACUUAUGAUACUGAUACUUUUAAAGGUUGUUUCACCAUCAACAUUAAAUUAUGUAAUGUGACCAAAAAAAGCAUUUUUGUUUUUGUUUAGCAUUUUUUCUUCUGACUCUUU